AUGAUCCCCAAAGAAGCUAAACCAAAGCAGAAACACAAGAGGAAGAAGAAGACUAAAGCUCCACCGCUAUCGUUCUCAUCACUCCCAGAUGAAAUCACAGAGAACAUUCUUGCACAGAGAAAAAAAAAAAAAAAAAAAAAAAAAAAAAAAAAAAAAAAAAUUCUUGCACGUCUCUCUAAGUGGAGUUACCCCAAUCUCUCUCUUGUCUCCAAGAGGUUCCUCUCUAUCCUCUCUUCUCCCGAGCUCUACGCAACGCGGUCUCGCAUCGGAACCACCGAACCAUGCCUCUAUUUCUGCUUAGAAGACUCUCCCAAUAUCCCAUCUCCUAAAUGGUUCACUCUUUGGAUGAAAUCUACUGAUGAAACCCUAACACACGACAAUGAUAUUCUUGAAGACUAUUCAUUGGUUCCGGUUCCCUCUUGUCCCAAACCUCAUCACGGAGGCUAUCCUUCCACCGUGUUUGUUGGUUCGGAUAUAUACUUAAUCGGUGGACCCUCCAACGGACCACCCUCUUCACUUGUUAGUAUCCUUGAUUGUCAGAGUCACACUUGGCGUGAUGGCCCUAGCAUGUCGGUGGCACGUGCGGGUGCGUCUGCUUAUUUGAUCCAUGGGAAAAUAUAUGUAAUGGAAAAAUCCCGGAAAGAUGAUAAUUGGAUGGAAGUAUUGGACAUAAAAACUCAGACGUGGAGUCCCUUGCUGAGCCAUGGAGCUACUGAGUUCCGCAGCGAGUGGUUUAUGAUCAACGUGUUUAGAGGAAAAUUUUAUGCAGUUGCUAAGAAGCACUAUGCUUAUGACCCGAAAGAAGGUACGUGGGAAGUUAUGAAAAGGCCCAAGAAAUUCAGAUAUGAAAAUGCAGCUACGUGUGUGAUUAAUAAUGUAAGGUAUAGUUAUACAAGUGAAGGUUUCUUCAUGUGGUAUGAUCGGAAUACGAACAUGUGGACAAAAGUCAAGGGAUUAGAUUUGGAACUAUUUAGUACGGAUAGUACAUAUAGUAUCGCAGAGGGAUGUGUGCUUACUAUAUGUAACCACGGAGGUAAACUUUUAGUUAUGUGGGUUCCCAGGUUUGAGGAACAUAAUGGAAAAUUACAAAGCAAAAUUUGCUGUGCCAAAAUCGCUGUAGAGAAGUGCAAUGGAAAUGAGGUUUGGGGUAAGAUAGAGUGGGGUAGUGAAGUGCUUAUGGUUACUAGUUCGUAUAAGUUCUUGAAUUGUGUGGUCAGUUGGAUUUGAGGAUUUGUGAACGAUGGUAUAUGUUUGAAUAACUUUACAAAAUCUUGGUACCUAGAGUGGUUGAUUUCUUAUUAUGCAACGAACAUGUUUUUUAAUGUCCGUCUCUCAUGAUUAUAAUUUGAGAACCGUAAUGUUGUUGUUUGGUAUGAAUCAUUAUUAUUG